GAGACAACAGGCAGCACAACGCAGAAACGUUAAGAAACGCCUCUGCUGGAGUCAGCGGACAUCACAGUUACAUUUCUUCGGGUUUCCUAUCCGGGUUUGCCACUUUUUUUCCUGUAGUUCCUCGAGCCUGAGAGUCCUGCUGUCUAAAUGGCAUCUCUGAUUUGUACUCUACAACACCAUCAAGAUGACGUCAACUGGUGUGCCUUCUCAGCCAAACUGUUGGCCACGUGUUCCGGGGACAAAACCCUCCGGGUGUACAACGCCCGGGACUUCUCGGAGCUGCCCUUCUCGCCGCUGACCGGCCACGGCUACAGCGUCCACUGCUGCUGCUUCAGCGCCUGCGGCCACUUCCUGGCCUCGUGCUCCACGGACGCCACCGUGGUGGUCUGGUCCAUGCUCUCCGGGGACAUCGAGGCCGUCCUGGAGCAUCCCGGCCGCAGCCCCGUCCGGAUCUGCGCGCUCUCUCCCGACUCCGCUCACCUGCUCUCCGGGGCGUCCGACGGCACUCUGGCGCUUUGGGAUUUCCCCUCCAAACAACUGCGCAGGACCGGGGGGGUGAGCGACACCACGAUGGUGGCCGCCUGCUUCAGCCCCUGCGGCCAGAUGUUUGCCACGGGCUCCACCUACGGGGACCUGCGCCUGUGGGACCUGAGCAUGAACCAGCUCCACGCCGAGAAGAACGCGCACGAUCUUGGCGUGUCCGGCUGCCACUUCGCCCCCGCCAUCCUGAGCGGUGAGACGGGACCCGGGCCGGUGGUCAGUUGGUGCAGUUCCGCCUGGCGUCCUGUGGACAGGACUGCCACCUGAAGAUCUGGGCAGUUAACAAGUUUACCUCCGGAGGCUGUAAGCUGCAGCUCCUGCACACGCUGACCGGCCAGUCGGCCCCCGUCCUCUGCUGCGCCUUCUCCCCCGACGGCCGGCUGCUCGUGUCCGGUUCUGUGGACAAGAGCAUUGCAAUCUAUGACGCAACUAACGCGGUUUUACUUUACACCCUCAACCAGCAUGAGAGGUAUGUAACAGCAUGUUCCUUCUCCCCAACCUCACCUCUGAUUGCCACGGGGUCUAUGGAUAAGACUGUGAGCAUCUGGAGGCUGGAGGACGGCUGCAGAGGAAACGGAGUGAAGUCACUGCCAGAACAAUCUGCACAAACAUCAAGUGAAGGGAGAGCCCCGGCGCGCAGAGCCAGGCUGCCGGUCGCCGAUUGGUCGGAGGAGGACGUGUCAGAGUGGCUGGCGGAGGAGGGCCUCCGGGGAUUGGUGGACAAAUUCCAGGCCAACAACAUCGACGGGACGGAGCUGCUGGGCCUCACCAAGGAAACGCUGGCGUCAGAGCUGCACAUAGAGUCGGUCGGCCUGCGGGGCAAACUCCUGAGGAAGGUGGAGGAGCUGAAGAAUGAUUCGCUGUGUGCGGGCAUUCCCGAUGAGUUCCUGUGCCCAAUCACCAGAGAGCUGAUGAGGGACCCAGUUAUUGCCGCCGAUGGCUACUCGUAUGAAAGAGAGGCUAUCGAGAGCUGGAUCAACACCAAAAACCGCUCCAGCCCCAUGACCAACCUGCCCUUACUGACCACUCUGCUCACGCCUAACCACACCCUGAAGAUGGCCAUCGGCCGCUGGAAGACCUGCCACUAGCACCCGGGACUCUGUUGAAGUGCACCGCAUGCUUUACAAGGAGACGGAAACGGGAUAAAGAGCUCGAAACAUUCCGGGUCCGGGCGUGUUUUGAGUUGAGUUAUUCCUUUCGGGGAACCCGUUAAAGAAGCAGCACCGAGAAAAAAAGACUAAUCGCAUCAACAUGCUAUAAGCAGCCAGUCCUUUUGGACCACGCAGUCAUUGAUGGUCGCCUGCAAAAAUAUUGAAAACGAGCACCCCCAACUUCAGCAAUUUAGAGGAUUUAACUUGCAGUUCCGUGAAAAAGAAAAUGCAUCCUCUUUAAUUUCUUCAUGGUUUCUAUAUCAGGUUAAAGACAAAAAGAGUCUCGUCAUGUUUUGAAAUGAGCCAAAAACAUCCAGAGAUGAACUACAACACGUGACAUAUUACAGUGUGUCAUUACUUAUUUCAUAACGCAGCGUGUGAUGAGUUAAUUACACCCUGACUGCUUCCAUGUGAGUGAGGAGCAAAAGCAAAUGCACUGGCCGAGCGAUCGAGCGAGUUUGAGCACUUCUCAGAGAGCAGAGGUGUGGUCAGUUUUGCUGGAGCGGUCAGGUUUGUGCGUCCAAGGAGGAAAGACAUCAGCAUCAGUCUCAGAGAUCUGUUGUUGCUGCCCGGACUCCCGCUUCUUGAGUUCCCCUGCGUCCCUAAGUAACCCAAAGACAAAUCAGAGGCCAUUUUUCAACCAGCUGUGAAGUGGACUGCGUCCAAAUCCAUCCUCAGUAACAUCCAAAUGAUAAAACUAUUUGAGUUGUUGGUGCUAAAAAUGGUUCUACGAGCUGCUGAAUUGUGGCUUGCAUUUAAGUUUUUCACACAGUAUUUUUGCAAUCAAUCUUAAAUUUUGUCACAAACAAAUUAUUGUAGAGCAUAAAAUGUUAUCCUUUGUUAAUCUGAGGUCACUUUGAAUCUUUUAAUAUACGUCAUAACAUAAUUAUUCACCUCAGACCUUGUAUGCUCAGGAAAGACUCUAAUUCUCAUGUUAGACUUUCUUUGUCAGACUUGCUGGUAGUUUCACACCUCCUGUAAGUGCUCAACAGAAAACGCAGAAUGUCUGCAAAUGCUAAAGGCUGCUAAAGCAGAAACUGAGCGCUCGUGAAUCAGAGGUGAUUUUUCUGGCUCUCUGUGUGUUGCUUAAUCCCCUUUUUGAAGGACGAAAAACUGGAAACCAUUCACAGAUAUCCACAUUAUAAGAAUUAUUAUUCCCUCCUGAUGGGAGCAAUCUCUCUCAUCCAUUUAGCGUGAGGCACUGAGUGGCCUCAUGAGCAUGAAAUUAAUUAAUCGUAUGCUGAGGUCUUUACAAUAACAAGGUCUGAAGUAAGUUUAGGACACGCUUUAUGCACACCUCCCCUCCAUCACGACUAAAGCCCUAAGUGAGGGAAUGGCUGUAGGAAGAAUUGAGUCGGCCCCCUCCAUUAGAGUUCAGGAGACGUUCAGAAGCAGGACUGACAUUUAAGACGACUGUUAUGGCGUUUAAAGUGGUCACUCAUUAUUUCACCGAGACACUUUAUGUUGCUUAUUUCUGUAAAGAACAGAUAGAUGUGCACAUCUGAUGUCAGAAGCGAGGCCAACAAGGAAGUGUAAAAAAAGUACAAAACCAAAAACAUCUCUGGCUUUGUGUUCCACCCAAAACACUCCCGUGUGCUCGUGUGGAUGUGUGAUUUUUAAAAAAAAAAGCAGCUACAUCUCUUGGCCUUAGCAGUACCUCCUAUUAACUGGGACCGUGUCACAUUGGGUUGUAUAUGCGUACGAUGGAGGUACUUCCUGUAUGACUUGUAGUGCUCGUCCUCUGUUAUUUUUCGAGAAGUGGGACCUCAUGUUUGGAAUUAAAACCACUGUGAGCAAAGGGCACCCAAUGGCCCGAUGCUGAUGUCACCGUUUGGGCUUCUGAGAUCACAUUUUAUUCAACUUUAUUCCAAACGCACCAACAUGGUUAAUCUGUAAUCAAAGUUUCAUGACGUGGACCUCAUCUUUUAUUUUUUUAAAAAUCUGUUUUAGCCUUAAAGGCAUAAAAAGGGGCCUUAUGGGAAAAAACUGAAAAAACUAAGCAGGCCUUGAGCUUCAUAUUCUUUUACGGAGCUGAAAGUGACAUCCAAAAAGCCAUUGGAAGCAGCUGGAGCGCGGGAGACCUACAGUUAAAGGUGGAGAUGAUGCUUAGACUACUCAGGUGUGACUGUAAAAUAGCCCAGUGAGGAAAUCAACCAGGUUAAAGACAUCUGAAAUAUUCAGAUAUGGCAACGUUCAUCGUUUUAAACAAGCAGUUUAUUGUAAAGGCUUCAAACGUUCAUAUGGGUCUUGUUUCGUGAAAGGACGGAAGCUUUCAUCCUUUCGUACACACCCCAGAGCUUAAUCGGCAUUUCUAGAUUAUCCUGCGAAAGAAGCAGAUGUAGAAAGGUGCUCCUUCAUUGAUAUUUUUAUUGUA